UAAUUCGCAGUUCAACGAUGAUCUUUGAGUUUUGGGUGGCUCAAAGCCAAGGUCCCUCUCUCCCUCUCUAUCUCACUUCGCCUUGCUGGCUGGUAUCUGUGCGGGCGCCGGCCCGCACUCUGUUAUGAGCCGUUCAAUGGGUAUUUAAUCAUUAAGUACCUGGAAUAUCUUCCUCUGUGCAUGUGAACUCGUUCCCGUUUCAACUACUACCUACCAAUAGUUGUCCCAGACCAGGAAAGAAGUUUCAGAACCACAUAUAAUCUUACUCUCACGUAUUAUUCAAAAUCACAAUAAAUAAAUACUCAUCGAAACUCGUUUCGUCAAUUAUCAAAUUCUAUAGAAGCUUCAGGCUAAACAUCCAAAAUGCGCUGGAACUUGGGCUUAACGUGCGCUGCUGCGUUAUCUGGUUUUGCGUCCAAAGCCAGCGCGGACGUAUUCCGCGAUCCCGACACCGGAUUUUCGUUCUCGCAGAAGGACGUUCCGAUCACAACCAACAACGACCAUAUCACGUUCCGGGUCGCCAUCCCGAGCCCCGCGCCUGCGAACCAGCCUUAUGAUGCGGUGGUCCAGAUCGUCGCUCCUGUUGCUGCUGGCUGGGUUGGCGUCGCCUGGGGCGGUUCCAUGACCAACAACCCGCUACUUCUCAGCUGGUAUAACGGAGGGAGCGGAGUGGUAUCUAUACGCCGUGCGACCACGCACACGGCGCCAACAAUCUACACGGGCGCGACGGCGCAGAUCCUCAAGAAGGGCGUCAAGACGAACGGGACGCACUGGCAGGUGACGGCGCAGUGCGCGGGGUGCACGUCGUUCGCGACGACGGGCAGCGGCACCAAGACGCUCAACCCGGCGGGCAGCAACCGGCUCGCGUUCGCGUACUCCAAGGCCAAGCCCGCGCAGCCCGGCUCCGCGACCUCGCCCAUCAGCGUGCACGACCUGUUCAACUACUGGGAGCACGACUUCGCCGCCGCCGGCAACCCGCAGUUCGCGGAUCUGGUCAAUCGGAACUUGUGAGUUCUAUGUAUAUAUAUACCUUAUAUAUGUGCGUGCCCUGUGUGUACUUUAGAUGCCUGCACUUGAAAGUAAUAUAACUUAUAUCUACCAAUUUGUUUGUGGAACACUUUCUAACUAUAUUUUUCCUUUUUUUGUCUCAAGAAACUCUUCGCUUGCCUACGUACCCGCAAGCAACCCGAGAAUGCUGCGACGACAA